AGGGCCCGGCGUCGGGGCGUUGCUGGGGCGGCUUAAGAUGGCGGCGCGCUGGAGCAGCGAGAAUGUGGUGGUGGAGUUCCGCGACGCCCAGGCCCCUUAGGAGACAUUCGCGUGUCCCUCACCCCUCUCUUCAUUUCUCCUCUGAGACCGUCGCAGCUUAUUUGCUGGGUACAGCGCAGUCAGCAGGAAUAGCAGGCAACUGCUAUGUCAGUGGACUGCCUAGGACAGCAUGCAGUACUAUCAAGCCGCCGCUUCCUCUACAUAGUCAAUCUGGAUGCACCAAAUGAGGGCCAUCGCAAGAUCUCCCGACAGAGCAAGUGGGACAUUGGGGCGGUGCAGUGGAACCCCCACGACAGCUACGCGUAUUAUUUUGCAGCUUCGAGCAACCAGCGAGUUGACCUGUAUAAGUGGAAGGAAGGUAAUGGGGAAGUUUGCACGUCAUUGCAGGGACACACGCGUGUAAUCAGUGACUUGGACUGGUCAGUGUUUGAACCAGACCUGCUGGUCACCAGUUCUGUUGACACAUACAUCUACAUCUGGGACAUCAAAGACACCAGGAAGCCUACAGUCUCACUCUCUGCAGUGGCUGGAGCUUCCCAGGUCAAAUGGAACAAGAAGAAUGCCAACUGUUUAGCAACAAGCCAUGAUGGGGAUGUCAGAAUAUGGGACAAAAGGAAACCCAGCACUGCAGUAGAAUACUUAGCAGCUCAUCUCUCUAAAAUCCAUGGUCUGGACUGGCAUCCUGACAAUGAGUACACGCUGGCCACUUCCAGCCAGGACAACUCUGUCAGGUUCUGGGAUUACCGUCAGCCUCGGAAAUACCUCAAUAUCCUUCCCUGCCAGGUUCCUGUCUGGAAGGCAAGAUACACGCCUUUCAGCAAUGGGCUGGUGACAGUGAUGGUUCCGCAGCUCCGACGAGAGAACAGCCUACUUCUCUGGAAUGUCUUUGACUUGAACACACCUGUUCAUACUUUUGUGGGACAUGAUGACGUGGUGCUGGAGUUUCAGUGGAGGAAACAGAAAGAAGGUUCUAAAGACUACCAGCUGGUUACGUGGUCCCGUGAUCAGACUCUGCGGAUGUGGCGGAUUGACUCUCAGCUGCAGAGGCUGUGUGCUAAUGAUAUCCUGGAUGGAGUUGAUGACCUCAUCGAUGGGAUUUCUCUUCUGCCUGAGCCAGACAAGACCCUUCAACCCCAGGACUCUGAGCCCCAGCAUAGCUCUGGACAUGGGGAUGAGGAAGCCUGUACUGCAUCUUUUCUGUCAGCCUUAAAAGAAGACUUCCUGAAUGACCUCCUGGUGGGAAAGAAAACAGACCAACUGGGGCUGCCUCAAACACUGCAGCAGGAGUUCUCACUGAUCAACGUGCAGAUCCGAAAUGUCAACGUGGAGAUGGAUGCUGUGAAUCGUAGCUGCACAGUGUCAGUGCACUGCGGCAACCACCGAGUCAGGAUGCUGGUGAUGUUCCCUGUCCAGUAUCCCAAUAAUGCUGCGCCAUCCUUCCAGUUCAUCAACCCUACCUCCAUCACUGCCUCCAUGAAGGCCAAGCUGCUGAAGAUACUGAAAGACACUUCUCUGCAGAAAGUGAAGCGGAACCAGAGCUGCCUGGAGCCCUGCCUGCGUCAGCUCGUCUCCUGGCUGGAGUCUGUCGUGAACCAAGAGGACAGCACGUCCAGCAACCCCUAUGCUCUGUCCAACUCCGUGACGACCCCCCUACCCACCUUUGCCCGGGUCUCCAAUGCCUAUGGCUCCUACCAGGACUCUAACAUCCCAUUUCCACGGACCUCUGGAGCCCGGUUCUGUGGUGCAGGGUACCUGGUGUAUUUCACGAGACCCAUGACUAUGCACCGUGCAGUGUCCCCAACGGAGCCCACACCCCGGUCCCUGUCAGCUUUAUCAGCAUACCAUAGUGGCCUCAUUACUCCCAUGAAGAUCCGUACAGAGACUCCAGGCAAUCUGCGUUUGUACAGCGGGAGUCCUACACGCAGUGAGAAGGAGCAGGUCUCCAUUAGCUCCUUCUACUACAAAGAGAGGAUGUCUCCUCGCUCUGCCCGGCGACGUUGGUCCAUACAAGCAAUUAACGACUUCCCGAAAUCAAGGAGGUGGAAAAGCAAACGGGAGGGGACGGAUGCCAACAACCGACCCAUCAAAGCUGCUGGGAAAGUUAUUAUACAAGAUAUUUCCUGCUUGCUGCCUGUGCACAAGCUGCUGGGAGAGCUCUACAUAUUGAAUGUGAAUAAUAUCCAGGAGACUUGCCAGAAGAAUGCUGCCUCAGCCAUGGCUGUCGGACGGAGGGAUCUUGUACAGGUCUGGUCACUGGCCAUGGUAGCCACUGAUCUUUGUCUUGGACCAAAGUCUGAUCCAGAUUUGGAGAUACCAUGGGCACAGCAUCCAUUUGGACGGCAAUUACUGGAGUCCUUGCUGGCUCAUUACUCGCAGCUCCAUGACGUGCAGACCCUGGCCAUGCUGUGCAGCGUGUUUGAAGCCCAGUCCAGGUUACAGGGAUGCCCAAACUCCUAUUGUCCUUUUCCUCAGCGUGCCUCCAACCUGGCCUCCCACAGCCGAUACCCCAGCUUUACUUCCUCUGGUUCCUGUUCCAGCAUGUCAGAUCCUGGACUUGGCACUGGGGGCUGGAGCAUAGCAAACAAGGACACGGAGCAGACCUCCACUCCAUGGUGUGAGUCUUCUCCGGAUGAGUUCCGCUACAGCAACCUGAUGUAUCCCGACCAUCGGGAACGCGAGAAGGACCAGCAUGAGAAGAACAAAAGGCUCCUGGAUCCGGCCAACACUCAGCAGUUUGAUGACUUCAAGAAGUGCUACGGUGAAAUCCUCUAUCGCUGGGGUCUGCGAGAGAAGAGAGCUGAGGUCCUCAAGUUUGUCUCCAGUCCUCCUGAUCCCCACAAAGGAAUUGAGUUUGGUGUGUACUGCAGCCACUGCCGCAGCGAGGCGCGGGGCACCCAGUGCACCAUCUGCAAGGGCUUCACCUUCCAAUGCGCCAUCUGCCACGUGGCCGUGAGGGGCUCCUCCAACUUCUGCCUGACGUGUGGGCACGGUGGCCACACCAGCCACAUGAUGGAGUGGUUCCGCACGCAGGAGGUGUGUCCCACGGGCUGCGGGUGCCACUGCCUGCUGGAGAGCACCUUCUGAACAGCGUGAGGCCAGAGCACGCCAGGAAUGGGACUUGGGAUGGAAUUCCACGUUGACUCAACUCUGCAGCAUCUGGAGUUGCUGUGCAGGGAGCCGGUGCGGGACUUCUGGUGGUGUGCUGACAUUUGAGUGCUUCCAGUGUCCCUGUGCUUCCCAGGCUGCUUUCAGACCACUUGGACCAAACUCCACUGUGUCCAUUGCUGGCGAUGGAUGCCACGCCACAGAGCUCGUGCUUGUCCUGCAGGAGGAGUGUAAAUAUUGGCUGGUGUCUGCCAGGCUUCGGGGUUCCUUUGGAAAGCGCUCGAGUGGCAGAGCCAGGCUUGCCCCAGUUGUGUGUGUAGUGUCUUUCCAGGUGCCUCCCUGGGGUGAGCCGGGCAGAUUCUUCCUCACACACUUAAAGUAGAAAUAAUCUGCAGGCAGCAGAGAGCUCUGCAGGCUCACUGUCAUCUGAGCUCAACGAGUGGCUGUGCUCCAAGUCACUUUCUGAACCAACAAGGUCCUUAUUAGUGAACUGCUGUUUACAUUGCUGAGGUUAUCCCAUAAAGCAAGGGGUGCAAUGACGUUUUUCAGCAUUACUUCCUAAAUAGCUUCCUCCCUCUGCUCCGUAUCAGCACCUGAUGUGAAAAUCCCAGCCACGCAACCGCAGCCACUAGGAUUAGUUUCUUUCUUCCAGGAGUUUAUUGCUGUUCACUGAGUGUCUCUGCGCUCUGCUCCCGGUGAUUCAGUGCACUUUAACUUGCCUGUCCCUGCCUUGCUGGCAGCACAUCCCCAGGGCUGGGAGAGGCAGCCACGUUUCUGUUUGGGAUCCAUGGCAGCUUUGGAGGACUGCAGGUCUCCCCUUGUCUGCGGGGGGCAAUGUGGAAAGCCUCGGCUUCCUUGGGAAGACACAGAGAGCAUUUGUUCCGUGCGUGGGGAAACUGAUGAGUAACUUGGGGUGAUGUCAAGGGGAAAAGUGGUGGGGGUAACAGAGGCAACAGGUUUGUGCCUUCCGUUUGAGAAUGUCCUGGUUGGAUCCCCCUCUCUGGGGCUGUGCCUGUAUAACUCAGGCUGUGGAACAAGCAGAUGAUGUCUCUUAAACAUUAAAGUUAUUUUUUGAAGCGUGUU